AUGAAUUUCGUCCGAGCUGAAUCCCCAAACGCCUUGGGCGACACUUUCUUCUGUGCCACAUUUCGACAACUUUAUGCAGAUGAUAUCGGCGCGAAUUCGGGCGGCCCCUUGUUUCUCGAGAAUAUUGUUGUUGUGUGGCGGCGGCCUGUAUCUAUCGGCGAAUUUGCAGGAAAGAGAGGCGGCGAUGCAGUAGUCGUGGAGGUGUCUCCUCCGAGCCUUUAUCACACCUUAUCUUGCGGUCAGCUCCCACGUCUUCUCGCCCCUCCCACUUUCCAGUAGAUCCUCCAUCGUCGGCCGCUUCUAAUUCGUCCAGGUUUUUCCGAUUUAUCUUUAAGUUUUCAAUUUCAUGAACAGUUCUUCGAAUAAAUAAGUUUCGCACACAAAGUUUGAGCAUUACCCAAUUCAUCUCUUUUGAUUCCAAAAAAAAUUAUUUUUUCAAUCUAUUAAUGUUUUCAAUCAAUUCUAAUAGGACUUUAGAGUCUGUAGUUUAUCUUAAAACGUUUCCCUCUUUCUGAAUUCAGUCACCUCUUCCCUACAAUAUUGCGCUGAAGCUUGCGUGCUAAUUUGUUCAUUCUAUGACCGCUUUGAUGAAAGAUUCGGGAGCGCAGAAAAGUCAAACUGUGGUUAAAUAGAUUUUUGGUGGCAGAAAAAACACAAGUUAUAAUAAAACAAGAAAAAAAUGCAGUAUAAUAACGAGUAACAGGAACCAGUUCACCCCAAAGAGUAGACUCUGACCCGGGGUUAGAAAAAAGAUUCACGGAUAGUUCUUUUAAAUCAAACAUAUGGGUCAUCGAACAUUUUUUUUAACGUUUUCUCAUUGAAAAAAAACUCAGAAGCGAUGACGACGGCGUCGGAACUUCUGUCGGACGAUGCUCGUGCGAGGUUUUCUCACACCAAGGCUCUUUUCGAGCAGCUCGAACGGCAACAGGAGGUUUUCAUUGACCUUUCCUUAAAUGAAUAACUUGCCAUUUCUGAUUUCUCUCGACUAAGAAAAUGUUGUCUAGGCAGUCGAUCUGCAGGUGCCGUCGUUCUACUCGCCGCGGUUGGUGCGGCAGCCACCGCCGUUGCCUCCAAAACCAGCCGUCACUUGUCCACCAAGUCCGCUUUCUCAGGUUCACUUUUUACCUGAUAUCUCUUCGUUUCUCAUUUUUGCAACUACUCAGAAAUUGUAAGAACGUUUUUUUUGUUAAACUUUCAUUUUAUUAGUGCUUUCUUUAGGUUAUAUUGCAUGAAAACAAGGAAUAUAGGCUCUUUGAGUGGUCGGAAAAGCAACCUUUUGUGGUUGAUCAAGAUAUGUUUUCUUCUUGUUUUUAUAUCUUAAAACUAUGAAAAAUUUCCUUCUGAAAGCGUCGUUUAUCUUGCAACGCCUCCAUACGCAGGCUUUCCGCAAUUUUCGAUUGCAAUUAUUCCAAAUAAACCUCACUUUUUUCUUUUUGUUCUUUUUCACUACUACUCCUGAAAGAUUCCUUCUCAAAGGAAUUUAAAACAUUUUUUUUCCUUUCGAAAACAUUCGACUCGCUUUCAAUUUCCAACGAGCGUUUUCUUACUUUUUUCUUUAACCUUUUCGAUGCUUUUUUUUACACCCGAAGACUAUUUGAUAAAUAUAAUAUACGAAUGAAAACAAAAAAAAGGAAGCGAAAAUUCUGAAAAGUUUAUACUCACGGUUUGAAAUAAAUCACAUGGAAAGGAAAGCGCAUUCAGAGUGAAAAUCGGAUUGCGAUAUUUCGAGAGUGCGAUCGAUCUUUAGUUGCUCUUUCCGUCGUCAGUUCUCCCAAACUCUAUGCAUUCUCGAUGUUUCCCGAAUUUUUCCUCGCUCCCGUUUUCAUCCAUCCUAAUAUUUCUUUUCCACAUUUUUUUAGGUUUCCGGAUUAAUUAGGAAUCUUCUAUUUCUGUAGACGGAAAUUUUUUUAGAUCGUAUUUUUUCUCUAUCAAUGACAUUCAGUUUACGAAUUUACCAUUGAUUUUGGCUUUAUUGCCGUAGAAAACUUUAAUGAAUACGAAAAUUGCUUUGAUAUGUUAACCCGAAGGAAUCUAUUGAUUUUAGGUGACGCGCAACUUCUCGGAGCUUUCGUCGGACCUGGAGCGACUUGCGCCCUCUUCGACAUCAUCGCCGUCCUCACGCCUUGGCUCUGUCGCGCAAAACAAGUAAGAUGAGCUCCUAAUAACAUCUGCAGCACGCCUUCUUUUCCUUAUUUGCCGAGAAGUUCAAAACUCACUUAAUAUGAGAGCUUUAUUAAAAAUUGCAGUGAAACCAUUUUUUUUUACUUUUUUUUUACAGCCAACUCCAUCAAAUAUUUACUCCCAUGAUAGUUUGAGGAUUUUUUGUUCAUUAGCUCUUGGCUCAAAUCCGGUACAACGCAUUUUUUUUUUUACAAUUUUCAGUGGUUGCACUGACUUGCACGUAGAAUUUGUUAUUGUUUAUUUUAUUUUUUCUAAACUCUUGGUUCACUGAAGUUUCUUAAGGCUUUCUAGGAGUGUCUUAUAUUCUUUCGAAUUUCAAUUUUUUUGAUUUUCCUAGUAGCGAGGUUUGAUGAUAACUUUCUUUCCAAGUUCAAACUAUAACUCUGCUCGAUCUAGCAACACCCUUUGUUCGGCAUAACUCGUGGCUUCUUCUACUCUCUGGCAUGGUUUACCGUUUCAGGGCGGCGACGCUACCGUCGAUGACUUCUUCGUUCGCUUCGUCCCCGUCGCAGUCGCCAUACGCGACUUCUUCGCUCCGCUCCAACAAUUACGAGCCGUACUGGAGAGACGCCACCAUCUAUCGACGCCAUUUUGACUUACCGUAUGACUUUUCAUUUUCUUUUUUUCAGCACGACUUCUAUUUGCGCUUAUGUGAAACGAUGCACGAUUUCUUUUUUCAAUAAUAGUUUGACCCUUCAGCUAUGGCAUGCAGUUCGAACAUUUUUCAGCCAAGUCAGCCCAAAAAACGUCACCAUAAGCAGCUGCAAAGUUUUACAUUCUCAAGCUCUUUUUUGAGUGAGAUGUUCAGCCAUCUACUUUUUCUACGUUAUUGAACCAGUCAUGACAGUUUGUUGGUACAAACUGAAAGAGACUGUCAUUAACAGGAAUUCAUCAUUGUUCCUCGCGAACACGGGAAUGAACUCAAGAUGCAAUUUGUGACCUUUUUUCUCGCCAUUUCAUGGGCGUUUUUAAGGUUCGGCGAAGAGCAAGAUGAGAACGCGAUGAGUAGCAGUCCUUCGCAGGCACGACACACGACAUACGCCGUGGUGAAGACGCGACGCGGCGACGAAACGACCGAAAGCGACGACGUCGCUGAGGAAGUCGCGGCUUCCGAGCGAGGCCUGAUGGAGACGCGGCGAGGCCUGAGCCCUGAACGCGUCUACGACUCUGAACGCGAUCGCAAAGUUUCUUUCUCAACGGCCCCCAUUCCCGUAAGUUUCUAAAAUCUUGAUUUUGAAUCUAACCACCGCGAUCGAAAACUUGUUUAUUUUUCUUUCGUGUUUAUUCUCCGAGCUAAACGUAGAAUAUUGGAGUUUAAACAUGUGAGUAGUACAAUAUUCAUAGUAAAGAGCUAUGGAUUCACUAUUGAGCUUUCAAUUUUGAAAGAGAAACGUUUGGUUUGCAUUUCGGGUUGCUCUAUUAUACACCAAGAAACUUCGAAGUGUUUAUCAGACUUAGCUCUAAAGAGGAAGGUCUUUUCCUAUUGCGGUCGAGAAUCGUGUUAAGACUUCUCAGAACAUUUUUCAAUGUUUCGGUCUUGUAUCCUGGAAUUUUCAAGUAACACGAUUUUCUAGGUUUGGGUAAAGACUAUUUCAAAACUUUACAAUUGUAGACGGAUUUCUUCGAAAUCGAGGGCUUUUUUCUCAUAAACUGCACCAGGGAGAUUUCACAAAACUAACAAAAUAAAGUUGGCUUUCUCGCAAAUGAGAAUGGUAUAUUGGUUUCUGAAGGAUUCUCUUAAACAUUUUUUGAAAUCGAGUUUGAAAUCAAGUGAAUCUUCUUACUAAGUACCUCCUGGGCAUUGACAUUUUUAGACUUUUUUUUCGGAACAGUUGGCAGAUUGGCAAGCUCAAUCUUGGACAUGCUACGGAAAAUAAUUGUCUGGAAAACGCUUAUUUUUUUAUUGAUCUCGCAUAGAAUUAGGGCACGUAAUUAGAAGAGAGAUGAAGAUUUUGAAAAGGAGGAGGAAUUUUCGCUUUGAACGCCGGCGGAUUUGGGUCAGCGGCGCUUUUGGCACGCGUCAAUUAUAUCUUCCGUAUCACUUUGUCAUUUACCGAUAUCGCGUUCUCUGGUAAACAAUAUUCGUAACGACCUUGGCUAGUGAUACGUGCACUUUUUCUUCGGAUAACCGUUCAAAUGUGGAAAAAAAGCCAGAAGAAGGAAACAUAAUGUCUAAUAAAAAAAAACGUCUUUUUUAAUUCUCCUUUUCAGGUGUUCUCGGCUUACUCAGUCGACGAUUAUGACCGAAAAAACGAAGACAUCGAUCCAGUUGCGAGCUGCGCAGAGUAUGAACUGGAGCGGAGGCUUGAGCGAAUGGACUUGUUCGAGGUCGAGCUCGAGAAAGGCCCCGAAGGCCUUGGGGUCUCAAUUAUUGGUAAGGUUUACUCGAAUCAUUAGAAUCAGUUGACGAAAUUCAAAAUUCAUUAUUUUUUCAGGUAUGGGCGUCGGCGCCGAUUCAGGCCUCGAGAAGCUUGGGAUCUUUGUGAAGAGCAUCACACCUGGAGGAGCUGUUCACAGGUGAGAGGAAAAAGCACAAAAGCUCUUUGGAGGUUAGAGAAGACCUCCAUGCCCCCAUGUUAAAGUGCGAGACUUGAGUUUAACAUAAAAACUUCGAAACCAAUAUUUUGCGCAAGACCUAGAAAGAGUUUUUGAGAAAACUCACAAUUCUCUUAUCGGAGUCUCUGAAUCAGUUUAUUUUUUCGCUCUCAAACUGCGAUUAGCCUCGAAAAAUUGUUCAAACAGGGUGUCAAAGAAAAUUUUGUUCAGAGAUGGCCGGAUCCGAGUUUGCGAUCAGAUCGUGUCGGUGGACGGCCGCAGCCUGGUCGGAGUCAGCCAGCUCUACGCGGCCAACACGCUUCGGUCGACUACCACCCGAGUUCUGUUCACGAUUGGCCGCGAGCCGAACCUCGAAGAGUCCGAAGUGGCGCAGCUCAUCCACCAAAGCCUGGAGCAGGAUCGAGUCCGUUUGAUGCAAGACGAAGAUGACGACGGCGCCGAGGAACCCCCGCCGCUGCCGGCCGAUCUGGAAUCCGUCAACGCACCAACGUCGUCGCUCAUCAGCAAGGAGGAGGCUGAGAUCAGGGUCAGUCAACCAAACCGUUAUGUGCCCGUUUAUUAACUUAAUUUUAAACCUUUGAAACAGUAGUAACGUGUUGUAAUUACAUAAUUAACAUUUGAAAAAAAUCAUAUAUAAAUUUUUUUCAGUCGAAGAUCUCUUCUUUGGAGUUGGAACUGGAGCUCACUCAGAAAAAGGCAGGACAAAUGCACGAUGUGCUGGACACGACCAAGGCGCACUACGAACAACUCGAAAAGAAGUACGAACAGGCCAACCAACUCCUCAGAAACUACCAAGAGAGGUGAGCUCGUGGUGGCUGGACCAUCCUGGAAUCCUCCUUGCAGAGAGAAGGAGCUCCUGAGCCGCGAAGAAAAUCACGUCGAACAGCUCCGAGAUAAGGAUGCCCACUACGCGAUGCUCGUCAAUCAGCUCAAAGUAAUAUAUAUCUUGAAACUUCUUUUUGCGAUUAUUCAUUACAAAACACGUUUUGAAGUCGGUUAAUAACAUUUUUUCGUAAAAAACAGGAUUAAUGCAUAGUAGUUGCAUGUCAGAUUUGCUUCUAGAACUUUAGAAACAUGAGUAACCGCAAAAGCUCGCAUUUUCUCAGCUUAUGUCCAAUUAUUCACAUUUUUCAACGCAGGAACGCAUCGACGAGCUCGAACACAAAUUAGAAGAGAUGGAAGAACGGAGACAGUCGAUCCAGAACCUUGAGCUGAGUGAGUUGCGCGAGAAGCUCAAGGUAAAGACUCCCCGACAAAACGGAAACUUUUGAUGUGUUUGAAGGAAAAAAUGGAGAAGCGUGACGAGGGACUUGCGUAUAAGCCCGGCGGCGAGCUGCCACACGAGGACAAGGCCGUCAUGGCCAAUCUCGACUUGGUUCCCGAAUCCCUAUCUUUGAAUAACCCAAAGUUGUUCUUCAGAAGAGCAAAGACGCCGAAAUUUCGGUGGGCAGCAGUUGGGACGACGAAAAGUACUCCUCUUCCUGCGAUAGUCCUGUUCCACGAAUCUCAGAGCCCGCGAGUCCUGCCCUGCCGCAUAAACUCGUCCAUCGUAAACUUCUCUUCCCUCUGCGUAAACGCUACGUUAAUAGUACGUCUCAAACUUGAAAAGGCAGAAACAGAUGAACGACUUCAGACGAGAGCGAAUUCUGGAGGGCGUCUUGCCAGCCGGUCGGUCUUCAGGCCUUGCACUGGACUUCAGAUGACGUUUGUCAACUUUUGGUCACAAUGGGCCUCGACAAGUACGUGCCGGAGUUCACUAUCAACAAAGUGAAUGGAGCCAAGUUUCUCGAACUCGACGGCAGUAAGCUCAAGGCGAGUUGUAGAAGUUCAACAGGACAGUUAUCCUCUUUUGCUCGGGUUUUGAGUCUACGAAGCUCUGGUUUUGAGUCUACAUAAAUAGAGAAAAAUGUUGCAGACGAUGGGAAUCCAGAACCACUCGGACAGGACGCUCAUCAAGAAGAAGGUCAAGAGCAUGAAGAACAGGAUCGAGCGAGAGCGGAAGCAGCUCGAGCGGGAGUCCCGCGCUCGUGUCAUCGCCCACUCUAUGCCCAUCCAAAUGUGA